AUGAAGAACCUCAACACCGCGUUCCUGGCCCUUGCCAUGGCUGUCGCCGUAGUCUCAGCAUUCCCAACAUUCCGCCUGACCUCGCGAGCUCCCGACGUCGAAAUCGACGCAGUCAGAGCCCUGAUGCCCCAUCACGGCCGGCCAAACGAGACUGUGGCCUUUCCGGCGGUGGCGGGCAAUCGGACUCUGGUGAGCUUGGCUGGACGUAACGUCACGAUGCUCGACAAGCGAUACUUCCGGACUGCAUGA